AUGCUGAUAUCGAUCAUAUAUAAAUAUUCUUGUCAAUUUAUUAUUCUAUUCAUCUUUCAGUUGAUUCCAUGUUGUGUUGCAUCACCCUGCCUAUUUACCACCAAUAUAUAUUCGAAUGGUCUAAAACAACAAUUACAAGUAGAAUCAUGGGGUUCUGAUAGCAUUCGCAUACGUCUUAGUCCAGAUGUAAUUAUACAGACGCCAGAUUAUCAAGCGUUACUUCCAGAAAAACCAAUUCUAGGGAAAGACAAUUGUCAACAACCAAAUAGGAAUACAUUUAUUAAUGGUAACAUUGAAUUUAUUAUCAACGAUGAUACUGAAACGUGGUCAAUUCAACGCCCAUCAGAUGGGCUCAUUCUCAUUCAAGUACAGUCAACUAGAUUUUUGCCAUACAAUUACCCAGUCUCUGUUUAUUCGCCUGUUUAUACUCUUUACGAAUUAUCAUCGAUUUAUACUCAUGUUCAACAUGGAUAUCUAUAUGGUUUAGGACAGCAUCAUUAUGGUAACAAUAUAACAUUGCCAUAUCAUAAUUUUCAUUUGCCAUUUGUUUUUUCAUCAACUGCACCAACAAACGGCGAUAUAACAAUUCCGUGGUAUUUACAUACAUCAGGUUUUGGAUUUCUUUGGAACCAACCUGGUUAUGGUUCAUUUGAUGUUCGCAAUGACACAGAAAUAAUGUGGACUGCAAAUGCUACACAUCAACUUGAUUUGUGGAUUACUACAAUACCGAAAGAGGCAACUCUUUCUUCAUCAUUUUAUCCUGUUCUUAUGAAAAAUUAUGUUGACGUUGUUGGUCAUCCGAAUCCGUUACCACACUUUGCUUCAGGUUUUUGGCAUUGUAAAAAUCGUUAUCGAACACAAAAUGAAUUAUUAGACGUGGCAAAAGGUUAUUAUGAUCGACAAAUACCAGUAAGCGUUAUUGUCAUCGACUACUUUCAUUGGACAGCAUUUGGCGAUUGGAAAUUCAAUAGCACAUGUUGGCCAAAUAUACCAGAAAUGAUGAGUGAAUUAAAAUCGUACGGAAUGAAAUUAAUGGUAUCUGUUUGGCCUCAUGUAGCAGAAAACUCUGAAAAUUUUAUAACUAUGAAUACAACAGGUUUGUUGACUCAUGAUGCUAAUGGAAGUCUCUUACCAACAACUGGUCUAACUAAUCAUUUUUAUUAUUAUAUUCCCGAUCAAUUUAAUCCAGCUACACGACAAUACAUAUGGAAUAGAAUCAAAGAGAAUUAUUUCGCAUACGAUAUCAAAACUUAUUGGUUAGAUGCUGAUGAACCACAAAAUACUCGACCCGAAUUACAAUGGUGGUAUGGCCGGCACGAUGAUGAAAUUGCAAUGGUAUGGGCAAGAGAACAUCAACGGUUAUUCUGGGAUGGACUAAGAGAAGAAAAGGAGCAAGAAAUAAUUAUGCUAAGUAGACAAGCAUGGAUAGGCAGUCACUCGAUGAACGUAGCAGUUUGGAGCGGUGAUAUUGAUUCGUCGUGGGAAGAAUUGUUAAAACAAAUUAAAGUAGCACAAAAUGUUGCAUUAUCUGGAAUUUAUUGGUGGACAACAGAUAUUGGCGGUUAUCAUCCUGUUGGUUUAGAUGAUAAUGAAUUUCAAGAAUUAAUAUUGAGAUGGUUUCAAUUUGGAGCGUUCUGCCCACUAUUUCGUUUACAUGGUUAUCGCUAUCCACCUUUGCCAGACAAUGAAUGCGGAUCUUCUGGUGGUCACAAUGAAGUAUGGUUAUUUAAUUAUAGUAGGCAAAUUAUUGAUAUAAUUCAAAUGCGUGAAUCUUUACGUAGUUAUAUUGAAUAUCAUUUAAAUAUUUCAACUCAAAAUGGAACACCUAUUCUACGACCAAUGUUUUACGAUUUUAACAAUGAUAUUGAAUGUUAUAAAUCUGAAGAUCAGUAUAUGUUUGGAUCAGAUUAUUUAGUUGCUCCUGUUUAUACAUAUCGAGCCACAUCACGUUCAGUUUAUUUACCUUCAAUCAAUCAACAGAAUUCCACCUGGCAACAUUACUAUACAAAACAAUUUUACAAAGGUGGUCAACGUUAUAAUAUUUCUACUACUCUAGAUGAUUUUCCUCUUUUUGUGAAGAUCACAUCAAACGAUAUUGACACAUGA